AUGGGAUCCCCCAUAUCACCCAUCAUCGCGAACAUCUUCAUGGAACACUUUAAGAACGAAAUCCUGAAGAAGGCUCCACUAAAACCCUCCACGUGGUUCAGAUACGUGGACGACACCUUCGUCAUCUGGAACCACGGAAGGGAAACCCUACCUCAAUUUCUCACGUUUAUCAACUCCCAGCACCCUAACAUCCAAUUCACAAUAGAGAUUGAACAGAACUCCCAAAUUCCCUUUCUAGAUGUAUUGGUCUGCAGGAACGAGGAUGGCACCUUAGGCCACAACGUCUACCGUAAACCGACACACACGGACCGAUACCUCCAUGCAAACUCCCACCAUCAUCCCGCCCAAAAGAACUCGGUGAUUAACUCUUUAGUCCACAGAGCACUCUCCAUCUCGGAACCAGCUGCCCUGGACGGAAAACUAAACCAUCUCCACCGAGCCCUGACAAGGAAUGGAUACAGUAGCAGAAACAUCAACCGUACAAUCCAGAAGCUGACAAACACGGAACCCAGCCUUAACGACACCAGGAUGCCAGAGGCAGAGAAAGAGAAGAAAAAGACGGUGGUACUCCCGCACCUCCGAGGCACGAUGGACCGCAUCAGCAGAGUCUUGAGCAAGCAUAACAUAAAAGUGAUAUUCAAACCACCCAACUAA